AAAGAACGCCACAAACCCAUAAUCCUCAUGACCUCCCCUGACUCAUGACCAGCUAGCCUCCUCAACAAAUUUUCCCAUCAUCUCCUCACCCUCAAUCCAUCUGGCAACUAACUAAAACCCCUUCCGAUUAACUCGCAUCCCAACAAACCCCGAGGUUUGUCUCUGCAACGUAAUAGUAAGAUCACAUUGAGAAAGAAACCGGGAUGUCUCAAAAGACUUCCACUCCCUUGGGCAUCCAUCUGAUUGCAGGCGGCACAGCCGGCUUUGCCGAAGCAUGCGCGUGUCACCCUUUGGACACGAUCAAGGUUCGGAUGCAAUUGAGUAGAAGCAAGCAGGGAAGAGGGAGAGGAUUCAUAAAGACAGGUAUCAUGAUUGCUCAAAAGGAGAGUUUUUUAGGACUUUACAAAGGUUUAGGAGCUGUAAUCUCUGGUAUCGUGCCUAAAAUGUCCAUCAGAUUUGCUUCGUUUGAAACUUACAAAGGCUGGUUGGCUCAUAAAGACAGCGGAAAAGUUUCUUCUAGCGCGAUCUUUUUAUCGGGUUUAGGAGCCGGUGUCACUGAAGCAGUAGCGAUUGUUUGUCCAAUGGAGGUGGUGAAAAUUAGGCUGCAAGCCCAGAUGCACUCGAUGUCUGAUCCAUUGGAUAUUCCCAAGUAUCGUAAUGCCGGUCAUGCCUUGUAUCUAAUUCUCAAAGAAGAAGGCCCAGCUACGCUCUAUCGCGGGGUGGCCUUAACAGCUCUCCGCCAAGCGACCAACCAAGCGGCGAACUUCACAGCGUACACUGAGCUAAAGGCUCUUUGCCAGCGUCUCCAACCUAACAUUCAGGGUAACGAGUUGCCGUCCUAUCAGACCCUUGUCCUCGGACUAAUCUCGGGCGCUGUCGGGCCGUUCACUAAUGCACCGAUCGACACAAUCAAGACUCGUAUCCAGAAGUCGACCGCGACGAUCGGUGAAACUGCUUGGACGAGAUUGCGAGUCGUCGCUAGUGAAAUGUUUGUUCAGGAAGGCCCAAAGGCAUUCUACAAAGGGAUCACUCCUCGGGUCAUGAGAGUGGCACCCGGCCAAGCAGUCGUCUUCACCGUGUAUGAAAAAGUGAAAGGACUCAUUGAGAAAUUCAAAGCAGAUUUGGAAGUCGGAUACGCAGAGUAAUUUGGCUUGAUUCUUUCCCAUUCUAUCAAGUCGAAGUGUAGAUCAAAAAAAUCAGUUUCUUCAUUUCAUUUUUUCAAGCCUUUGUAUAAUUUGUAAUGUUUUGCAACAGCUAGCAGAAAGCUUCCAGAGGAAAGAAACACCGGUUCUUAUCAAUUGUAUGUGAUGGUAGUGUAUUAUCAAAGUUGUAAAAUUUGCAUGUAAACUGGUGGAACUCCUGUUUAUGGCUCUACAUGAGUGCUCAAGAGGUUGCAUU